CAGCAAAUGCAGCCCGAAUCAAUCUGGAAAAAGUGAGGCAGAUGAUUCCUCAGAUGUUUUCAGAUAAAGAUGACGCAUAUGUAUCAUCCGAUGACGAGGAAACACAGAAGAUGCUGCCUAAACGGUGCUUAUCUGCCAAAAUUGAGGAGCAAACUGCGUUCUUGUCACCGGCUGAGGAUGAAAGUAGCCGGGAAGUUUUCAGUCUUAUAAAGAAACUGAAUACUGUGCCUGACACCAAGAGGAAAGGCAGGACACCCUCGUUCUUUGAUACUCCGCUCAUUGGACAAAACAUCAACGUAUUAUCCAAGUCAUCAUUCCUAAAUCGUGCUUCCAAUCAUUCGUUGCCCUCUUCUCAAAAGCAUGGACCAAACAAGGCUCGUUCUUUCAUUUUUGGACGAGAUGACAGCAAUAGCAGGACUUCAAUCUCAGUGUCAGAGGACUCGUUGGAUACGAUCCAAAAGGAGACUCAGCCGCCAAAAUCUGCUAGUGCCAAGUAUCAGAGUAAUACACAGAACCGAUAUCAUAAUUCGAACUCCUCAUCUCAAGAGUCAGGUACUUGUCUUUUGGAGAUAUUAAGGAAAUCGUCGCGGCAUGCAGAGCGACGUGUCCAGAAUGACACUGUUCGGCAAACGGAAUCUGUAUUUGCUGCAUUCAAGUUAGCAAAGAAGCCAAUUCAGACCGAGGGAAGAGGGUGAUGUGCCGUGAAAUUUUGGUGUUUAGUGAGAAGAGGAGAGGAUCCUCUCGCGUUUAAGUAUGGUCUUUUUUAUUUGGCCAUAAAAGAAGUUAUAGGCUCUUUUACCGUAUGUUUGGUACGCGAAAAUUGAAGGGAGAGGGGAUU